UCUUUUAAGGAAUUUUUUUAAGUCUGCCCGAAAUAUUGCGCCAGAUCUUCUCCUUUGUUUACCCUAGUAUCCCUAAUUUUCCUCACUGCUUCUCCUCUUUCUGAUGUCGAUUUACAUUUAUCAGUGACCUUAUUUUCUCCUUUGCUCUAAGAUUCGAUGAUUCUCUUUCAGUGUUCUGCUUUUAUUUACAGAUUCAAAGAUUUAUUCUUCUUUCAGUCAUCUUUUCCUUCUAGUGUGAAACCGAUCUAGGUCUUCAUUUGUCUAGAAAUCUCUGACUUUUUUGUUAUGGUUCAAUUUGUCUAUAAAUCUUUGAAUAUAGGCACUAAUUCUCUUAUGUUUCGGGUAAUUGAUGUCUUUAUACUGAAAUCGAUUAAGGGUUUAAUCAAUCUGUGCAUUAUUGGGGUGAAUUAUUCCUGUGACAGAGAAGCCCUUUAUUCUCAUGGACGGCGGCGGUGGGAGACGUCUUCGGUAGGACUGAACGGGAGGGGUAACAUGACUUCUGAGCUGUAUGUGAACAUCAGUUGGCCUUUGUACCAAAACAUGUUUAUGCUUUUGAGGUUCACUCACACUGGGCUCCAAGAAAUUUGGCCUAUGGUCACGAGGUGCCUAGAGUUGUGUCAUCUCUUAGCGAAGAAGAGCAAGAUGCACUUAUGAAGAACAUUAGGAGGAGAACAACACCAC